CAACGUAACUAUCAUCGUAGGUGUUUUUACCUUUGUUUCGAUUUGAACCAACAACCCAAAAUUUCUUUCUUUUCUGUCUCCAUGUGUUAGUGUUCAAUCUCUAUCUCUGAAUAUCACCAAAAACGCCACCUUGUGUUCAGCUCCAAAGUCACCAUUUCAACCUCUCAUUUUUGCAUCCCCAUUUUUGCCCUAUGAAUGUGACCUUCAAACCCUAUUAUCCUCCAUUAUUUUCAUACUUUGUUUCCCUUUUCUGCCCACCCUUUGUCUCCCUUUCUUCAACCCAAAUUUUAUAAGGAUUAGGGAAAAUGUGGAUGAUGGGUUACAGUGACAGUGGAGAUUUCAGCAUGCCGGAUUCCUUCAACAGCCGCCGCCUCCGCCCCCUCAUGCCCCGACCUCUCACUUCCUCCGCCGCCUCUCCCAAUCCUUCUUGCGCUUUAGCCCGCAUCCAUGGAAAUGAUUUCGUCGCGUUUAAUCACCAUCUUGCAGCUAUGGCGGCGGAGCAAAGCAAGAGGGAAUUCAAUACGCACCAAGUUGUGGUGAGCUCGAGGUGGAAUCCGACGCCGGAGCAGCUACAGACCCUGGAGGAGUUGUACAGGCGGGGAACGAGAACGCCGUCCGCCGAUCAAAUCCAACACAUCACCGCGCAGCUCCGAAAGUACGGGAAGAUAGAAGGGAAGAACGUGUUUUACUGGUUUCAGAAUCACAAAGCGCGGGAGCGCCAAAAACGCCGCCGCCAACUCGAGUCCGCCGCAGCUGGUGGCGCCGCCACCGAUAAUGACCACCCAAACGUUAACAACACUAAUUGCAUGGAAAACACAGAAAGAAAAGAAUCAGGGGCAAGUAGGACAGGUUUUGAAGCCGAUCAACAACUCACUAAGAAUUGGCCAUCCCCUAGUACACUUAUUGCAGAGAAAAGUGGGUCAAUACAAAGGGGAACAAAAGCAGGAAUGAUGGCAGAAUGUAGAGCAGAAGGAUGGGUACAGUUUGAGGAUGGAGCAGAAAUAUUACAACAAAGGAGGAGUCUGCACGAAAAGAAUGCCACGUGGCUUCAAAUGAUGCAAUUGUCAUCUCCAUCUCCUCCGCCACCACCUACUGCCGCGGUUGCAACAACCAUGGACUACUACACGAAGCAACUCCUGAAGCUGCAGCCUCAUAAUAACCAAGAUCAUCGUCAGCAUCUCAACUUGUUCCUAGACCUACCCAAUUACAAAGAUCAUGUUGAUAGCGACUCCCAAACGCUACAGCUCUUCCCUCUUAGAAGCGGCGGCAGUGAAAAUGAAAACGACAAGGACACGGCGGCACCCGCCAUGAACACCACCUUCGUAAACCCUCAUUACCAGUUCUUUGAGUUUCUUCCGCUCAAGAAUUGAAAAAGUAGGUAUACAUCCCAAAUUCCUAAAAGUCCAAAAAAUGAAGGGUUGAGAUGGAUUUGAUGUAACAAUUCAUGGGAAGAAUUGAAGAUGAUGAUGAUGACAAUGAAAAGCUAGAUUAUAGUAGUGGUAUUAGUAGUAAUUUCAUAGGUGUUCAACGUUGACAGUAGUGAGUAGGUCAUGUGUUAUCUAUGUUUAGAUUUGAUGUUUGGUUGUUCACUUUAUGAGAGAGAUCGAUAGAGAGAGACUGAGAGAGAUGAGAGUCCCAAUGAGGUGGCUGUAAUGGAAUUUGAUGUUGAAGGGUUUGACUGACUCAAUGUUUCAAAAUUGGAAUAUAAUAUAAUAAUAUGUUUAAUCAACA